CCGAGCUGUCUGCGGAGCUCGCUGGUCCGAGUGUCCCGCAUCGGGUUGCGCGCGGGUCCGGAGCGGCCGCGGCCAGCGCAGGCUUGGCGCCCAGUUCCCGUCUGCGUGUGGGGCACCCGCGGCUGCGCCUAGCCGCUCCGUGUAGCGCCAUGUCCAAGCCACCUCCCAAACCGGUCAAACCAGGGCAAGUUAAAGUCUUCCGAGCUUUAUAUACAUUUGAACCCAGAACUCCAGAUGAAUUAUAUUUCGAAGAAGGAGAUAUUAUCUACAUCACUGACAUGAGUGAUACCAGCUGGUGGAAAGGGACAUGCAAAGGCAGAACAGGACUGAUCCCAAGCAACUAUGUGGCUGAGCAGGCAGAAUCCAUUGACAAUCCAUUGCAUGAGGCUGCAAAACGAGGCAACUUGAGCUGGCUGAGGGAGUGCUUGGAUAACCGAGUAGGCGUCAAUGGCCUGGACAAAGCUGGAAGCACAGCUCUGUACUGGGCCUGCCAUGGCGGCCACAAAGACAUUGUGGAGGUUCUGUUUACUCAGCCGAAUGUGGAGCUGAACCAGCAGAACAAGCUGGGAGACACGGCUCUGCAUGCAGCUGCCUGGAAGGGUUAUGCAGACAUUGUCCAGUUGCUACUGGCAAAAGGUGCGAGGACAGACUUGAGAAACAAUGAGAAGAAGCUGGCCUUCGACAUGGCCACCAACGCUGCCUGUGCAUCGCUCCUGAAGAAGAAGCAGGGAACAGAUGGGGCUCGAACGUUAAGCAAUGCCGAGGACUACCUCGAUGACGAAGACUCAGACUGAUCCCUCCCGGAGCUGCUUUGAUGCCUAAACUUCUUUUGCUUUUGACAUUCCAAAACCUGGGUUGUUUUGCCAGAAGAGUAUUGAUAACUGUUCCUUUCAAAGUCUGUAUGAGCACGGCACUGUUGCACUGUGAUCUAUGAUGAGUCGGCGUGAGCGUGGGUCAUUCUUACCUGGGCUUGCCAAUAACUGAAGAGAUACUUUGUUGUAUAAAAUACAUAUAUGUUCACCAGGGUAAGAUAAAAAAAAAAAGAUUAUUUCUAUUUAUCAAGCUAAAGGAAUCUUAAUAAUUUUUUCUUUAAAAAAUCAUUUUUUUUAAAAGUCCUUUACCUCAAGGAAUGAGAUGUUUUGAGUGGGUUUUUCAAGGGGGAAAUGCUUAUUAUAACAAUAGACCAAAACUCAACAGAAAAUUGUCAGCUCUUCUGACAGAAAUAAACAUUUAAAGAGACUUUAUUAUCCGUUUUUUGUGCUAUCACUCAUUGCUGGUUAAUAAAGAAAGCGUUUUAUACUCAGG